AUGCUGGAAGCUAUGGAGAGCCCCGUCACUGCCGGGUGCGUGCAGGUGCACAGCUGGGGAGAGAGCAGUGAGGAGGAGCUUGCGGUACUCCCCAGGCACACAAAGGUGGUGGUGACGGGGAAUAACAGGACCAAGUCGGUGCUGGUUGGCCUGGAGGGCGUCGUCAAGAAGGCCGUGGGGCUUGGAGGCUGGCAUUGGCUGGUAAUUUCUGAGAGAAUUCUGAUCCUGAACGGAUAAUGCGGCGCUCCUGAUUGUAAUUUUGUAUCCUCCUUAGCUGAUCAAGGGGGCUUUAAUUAGCAUUUCAAAGUUUCUGGGCGUGAUACUGUGGUUGUCUCUUGAUCUUGGCGCUUUUCUGGCUAUGGAUUGAGAAGCAUUUGGGUUUAAUUUCAUUUCAGAGUCAUUGAAUUUCGCAUUUUGUAGUGAUAUUCAUUGGUGGCUUACCGAUAAUUUUUCCUUGGCGAUCAGUUUUGAAAACGGUUAAUUUUCGUUAGAUUCAGCUAAUAAUUACGGACUCUGUUUCUAAAAUGAAGUGAUCGCUACUUGCUUUUCGGCCUGGGUUUUCUUCAUAUUUAAUCAAAGGUUUCUUUAUUCCGCGGUGAUUCUAUCUAGGUUUCUUUCUUAUCAAUGGUUCCGCUCGGUCAGUUCCGUUCGGCAAAUUCGGCUCUAAUUUUUUAGGCAUAGUGUACGUGCAUUUUAGGGUUUCUAUUUGCUUUUGCAUGUUAUCUGAUUCCGGCAUUUGAUCAACUGACUUCGAGUUUGACAUGAGGAAUUUUUAUUAUUAUUCUAUUUCCUGGUCUGUUGCCACUGUUCUGCUUGUAUCUUGGUAAAGUUCUGCAGUUGAUUUCGUAAAAGUGAUUCACUUCUGUUUUGUUUUAUUGGGUGCUGAUCUCUUUCUCAACAGUCCUUGCUAAACCAUUGCUUACAUUUUCUUCCCUUCUUUUUUUUUUCCUUCCACAUGCAAAUUUCGUAAAUUUUUAUAUAUAUAUCAUGCGUCCGUAAAUGUUAUUGUUAUUGUUAUAUCAUGCAAAUUUCCUUCCACAGAUCGCUACCAGAUGCAUGUUCUGCUCUCUUGUUCUCCUGUUUGCAUCUCUUCACCAUCCAGGUUUCAGCCUGCGAGCCACUGAGUGCAGUGAAUUUUUUGUAUCAGCAGCUGGCUGUUGGUAUUCUUGAGCUCUUGCUGUUUGAAUCAUUGGAAAUUUUUCUACAAGUGGCUUAGCUUUUACCUAACAAGCCCUUCUCUUUCCAGGGGAAUGUUUCCCCGCCAUUACUUCUCCCUCUUCAAUGACAAUGUCGGUUGAAUAAGGAUGGAAUUUUUCGCUCUUCGACCACCUUGUGCAUAAUUUACCGCGUCAUAUCUCAUCUCGACUUGUGUGCUUUCAGAUAUCUCUAUUUGGGUUCUCGUCUUCCAGAUUCUUUACCUUCUGUUCUUAGGGACUUUCUAUGUGAAUCAUUCAUUAGAUGGCCUCUUUUAAGCUUUCCUCUUUAAAUCGUGGAGCUUUCUUUUCUAACUAUCCUGCUUGUAGAAUUCAACCGUUAGGUAGAAUUUAAUGCCAACGUUUAUGAAGGUUUUGGAUCUGGGCUUUCUGAAUGUGCAGGUUCUGGCCAAUGGUAUUGAGGUGAAGCUGCAAAGGAAUGCACUCAGUGUCAUUGAAGCCCCAACUGGUCAUGAGGAGGACAACGAGAAUGACUAUGAAAACAUGCUGUGGAAUGGCUCCGACGUGGGUUAGUCCACCGGAUAGCUUCGAUUUAUUUCUCUCAGUGCUCUCUUGAUUUCUUGUGUAAGCUGUGGCUUACAGAAUCUCUUGCACGGGUGAAGUAGGGAAGAUAUCUGGGAUGAUUCUCUGAUCUUUACUAGUAAUGGCAAUGAUUCAAAAUGAAUAUCUAAUUGUGGGUUCCUGCCUUCAGAACUAAGCCAUGCAAAAGGAAUUUUCCUUGUUUAUGCAUAAAUUCUCUCGCGGUCUCAGAGAGAAGAUGGAAGUAGAUUUUAUUUUCUAGAUCGCAGAUGUAUCUGCAAGUCAUUUUACGACAUUCCUCUCCCUGUUUGUACUCCCUGCAGCAUCGGAUGACCCACAGAAGCCCCACAGACUGAGACACAGAUCUCACAGGACCGUUGGAUUAGCUAACAGGAUCCUCAACCAGUCUCGCCCCUCUGAUUCACCGUCCAAGAGCCCCACUUCGCCGGUUAACCCUGCUACGGUGAGGAAUACUUCUUACCUGACGAUUUGAUCUUCUUCUGAAUAUCAUCUUGCUUCUUGUUCUCAACUGAAGAAAAUCAUAGCAAAGCAUCUCUUCACAGGAUUACGUAUAAAAAAAUCAACUUGCGGACAGGAGCGAUGGAUUUCCAUCUAAUAUCUGAUUUUUAAUUUGAUUAUUUAUAUGGUUUUUUUUUUUCGGGUGGAUGUUACAGAAAGUGGACCUGAGCAAGCUAGAAACAACAGCCUUGUGGAGAUAUUUGAGGCAUUUCAACUUGGUGGGUGCCUCUUGAAUCAUUCAAUCCUUGCCCUUGUUUAACAAAGUUCUCGUGAAUUUAAAUUAUCUAAAUCACAAGUUCAGUCGGAAGAUUGUGAGAGUGUGAUUGCUGUUUUCCCAGGUGGGUGCCGAUCCUAACCCUUCGAAGGAGCAGUUGAUUGACGCGGUUCAGAGGCACUUCAUGUCACAGGUCUCUCUCUCUCUCUCUCUCUCUCUCUCUCUCUCUCUCUCUCUCUCUCUAAACGUUUCUAUCUUUCUACCUAUCUAUCUAUGGACGAAAUGGGCGCUGGAUUGACUGGUUGUGAUGUGCAUAAAACCAACUGCUUUACUUGGAAAAGCAAUUGGAUGAGCUGCAGGUCAUCCCGGGAUUCAUCCAGGCGGCGAAGAGACUCAAGACCCUCUGCAAUUGA